GUGUCACCCGUGUGUGGAUAUCAGAGCUGGAAAAGACAAUAUGUUCAGCAACAAACAAUGAAAUCCGUUCAGCAAGAGCAUAGCAUUUUUUUUACCAGCGUUACGAGCACAUACGAUAAAAUGGUAUUAAAUUAGCUUAAUUUAUGACUUUAUUUGAUUAUAAGAACUUAAUAUCUUCACAUUGCAGUAUCAGGAACAUAAUUUAUAGCCCGUAGGCUUAACAGAGAAUACACGAAUUUAAUUAAUAAGAAUGCCCUUUUUAUGGUUAUUAGUAAUAUCCAGGCAUAAUAAUCAGUCCCUGAGUUUCAAAAUCAAACCUCCACCUUUUAUGGUAAGAAUAAAUGUAACAUCAGCCUCUUCAUAUUUCUGUACACAUGCAUCCAGAAACCAAGGAGUGUUUACUGUAAGCAGGACUGUUUCGGUCCCUGUCUGAGUUCAGCGUUGGCCUGGGUGCUUUCAGGCUGGAUGGCCGGCCGUAAAAACUUAAAAAAGAGGAGAGCUGGGAGCAGAGAAACGAGAGGGGACUGGGACAGGUGCCGUCGGUGGCCAUUAAAGCCACAGCUAGGAAGGUGGAGUUUGUAUUAUACUUGAGACAGAAGCUGAUUUGCUGUUAGCUCUACACUCAUUCACCACCUGGUUUUAUUUUUAUUUUUUUAAAUCCGUGCUGUCCUAAAAAUCUUUGUGCUGAAGUCCGGCGCACAUCGGCACACACAAUAGAAGAGCAACGGCAUUGUGUGAUUCAUCAAGGAGUUCUAACCUGUUAGUUUCGCAUUACGGAUAAUAACUGCUCAAAUCCAGAGAAAACUUUGUAUUCCAAGGGGACGAGGAGCUGGAACUAACGUUCUUUAUUUUUGUGGGAGAUGGAGGGCGAGAACAAGGCAGUGAUCAAUUCCCAGUUUUACAAAAUGACCGGCAUGGAUGACGGAAAUCGCAGACGGGUGGUAUCCAAGAACGGGCACAGCAACGUAAGAAUCGAUAACGUGGAGGGCAUGGUCAAGCUGUACCUCCACGACAUCUGGACCACCGUCGUGGACGUGAGAUGGCGCUACAAGUUGACCCUGUUCUCCACCACAUUCCUGAUGACCUGGUUCGUCUUCGGCAUUAUGUACUACUACAUCGGCAUGCGGAACGGAGACAUGGAUGACGAGCGGGAUUCCAACCACACACUUUGCGUGGAAAACAUGGAGAGCAUGACAGGCGCCUUCCUCUUCUCCCUGGAGUCGCAGACCACCAUCGGCUAUGGCUACCGGUACAUCUCUGAGGAAUGUCCCCUGGCCAUCUUCACGCUGGUGGCCCAGCUGGUCCUCACCGGUCUGGCUGAGAUCUUCAUUACGGGUACCUUUCUGGCUAAGCUGGGCCGACCCAAGAAGAGAGCGGAGACCAUCCAGUUCAGCAAGCUGGCGGUAGUCUGCAGGCACGAGGACAAGCUCUGUCUGAUGGUGCGAGUGGCCAAUAUGAGGAGAAGUCUCCUUAUCCAGUGUCAACUGGCCGGACGGCUGCUCUUCCCUCACGAGACUUUAGAAGGAGAGAAGACCCUGGUUCAACAGACGGGUGUGGACUUCCGAAUGGAUGGCAGCACUGACUGCCCCUUCCUCAUCCUGCCGCUGACCUUCUACCACGUCCUCGACGAGUCCAGCCCGCUGUGGGGCCUCACCGCUGAGAACUUGCCCACCCGCGACUUCGAGCUUGUCCUGACCCUCAACGGCACCAUGGAGUCCACGGCCGCUACCUGUCAGAGCCGCACUUCCUACACCCCCGAGGAGAUCCUCUGGGGAUAUGAGUUCAAGCCCAUGCUUUUCGCGUCCUCCCAGGGCAAAUAUGUGGCUGACUUCAAGUGCUUCGAUGGUGUGGUGCAGUCCAGCGACCCGUCCAUGCGGACCUGCAACUGCGGGAAGCUGAAGCUGGAAGAGGAGGUCAAGAAAUAGUGGGGGGCAAGACUCUCCCCGCAGCUUCUCGACCAGUGAAUAGACGGGAAAUAUAAGGCCUUAAUUUUGGGAAAUGGGGUUUUAGCUUUACGUAACUUAUGGAAGUUAGCGGUCAAAUUAUGCGACUCUAUUUUUUUCUUUAAAAAGAAUCAUAGGGGACACUGGGCACAUUUGUUGAAUGCUGUCAGUUCUUCAAAGAGAAACAGCAAUCUUCCUUCAUAACUUAUAUUCCCCCAAAUGCCAGGGAUGUUUAGCAAACUAGUAUAACUUUUAAAGGAAAAAAUGUUUUUUCCAUUGUCAUUUUUCUACAUUUCAUAAAAAUCAGAAUGAAAAAAAGAUUAACUGCGGUCUCUCCUACUUAAGUAUAAGUUUUGACCUCUUGGUUUAGACCAUCAGAUUUCUGUUUUCUUAGAUCUAAUUGGUGGUUGCCAUUAAGAGGACUGUAGCUAUUAAAUAAGCUUUGGUUAAGCGUG